AAAUCCCAAUAUCCCAUCUGUGAAGUUCAUUGAUUUGGUUUCCCACUCUCCAAAUCGGCAAAUCUCAUACUUAUAAUUGGUGUAUAGUAGUAGGCUUUAGACGUCGGCCAGGGCGAAUGGACAUAGUUUCUUAACUUCAAUUCACUCGACCAUGGCGAUGGCGAUCUUCUUAACCCAUUCUUCGCCUUCAAUUUUCCAGCGCUUUCUCCUUAUCAUCAUCCUCCUCGCGCUCUAUGCUGCUUCUUCGCUUUCUUUCUCGCAGACAAUUAGCUCAACCGACGCCAUUUGCGACCUGACUCCCCACCCGGAGUUCUGCAAAUCCCUCCUGCCUCGUAACAAUUCCACAAAUAUAAACGAUUUGGGGCGACUUUCCCUCCGCCUUGCCUUGUCCACAUCCAGGAACUCUCUCAAUCGCCUCAAUUCAUACUUCAAAUCCAACGAAUCCUCGAUUCGAACAACGCUUUAUGUCCUGCGAGAUUGCCGAUUCCUCCUGCGUUUGAACACUCACUUCCUCUCCGACGUCCUCCGCUCCAUCAAAUCGGCGAAUCGCCUCCCGGAAUCGGCGGCCGGCGACGCCCAAUCGCUGCUCAGCGCCGUCAUGAGCAACCAACAGACCUGCUGGGACCAGCUCGUCACCACGCCCUCCGCUUCCAACAUUUCCGCCGAAUUCUCCCCUUCGCUCUCCAACGGCUCCCUAUUGUACAGCGUAUCCCUCGCCCUAUUCAAGCUUGGCUGGCUCGCCGGCGUUCCUCGGAACCUAAUCGGAAGAAGAGAUCUGGCGGUUUUCGGCGAGAAGUACGUGAAGGUGAGAGAAGCGGUGGUGGUGAAUCCGGAUGGAACCGGGGACUACAGCACCGUCAGCGCCGCCGUGGCGGCGGCGCCUAAGAACGGCGAAGCCGGCGGAGGGUAUUACGUGAUUCGCGUGGCGGCGGGGGUGUACGAAGAGUAUGUUAAAAUCGGGAGUAGUAAGAAGUAUGUGAUGAUGAUUGGAGAAGGCAUAAACAAGACAAUCAUUACCGGUAAUCGGAGUGUUGUUGAUGGAUGGACUACUUUCGGCUGUGCCACAUUUGGUCUGAGUGGAGAAGGAUUUGUUGCAAUAAACAUGACAUUCCGGAACACCGCCGGCGCAAUGAAGCACCAAGCCGUGGCGGUCCGAAACAACGCCGAUUUCUCGGCGUUCUACAAAUGCAGCUUCGAGGCCUACCAAGACACCCUCUUCACCCACUCACUCCGCCAGUUCUACCGGGAAUGCGACGUCUACGGCACCGUGGACUUCAUCUUCGGCAACGCCGCCGCCGUGUUGCAGAGCUGCAACAUAUACCCACGCCUGCCGAUGCCCGGCCAGUUCAACGCCGUGACGGCGCAGGGCAGAACGGACGUUAACCAGAACACCGGCGCUUCCUUCCACAACUGCACCGUCGCGGCCGCGGCGGACUUGGCGGCCGCCGGCAACCGCUCCUCCACGCGGACGUUCUUGGGCCGGCCCUGGAAGGAGCGGUCAAGAACGGUGUUUAUGCAGACGUUUUUGGGCGGGUUGAUUAGCCCGGCGGGCUGGUCCUUGUGGAUCGGGGAUUUUGCGUUGACCACGUUGUUUUAUGCGGAGUAUGAGAACACCGGGCCGGGUUCGAAUACUACGGGGAGGGUUACUUGGCCGGGCUAUCAUCGGGCCAUUAACCGAACCGAUGCGGUUCAAUAUACUGUGUCCAAUUUUAUAGCCGGAAACCGGUGGAUACCCGCCACCGGAGUUCCUUAUGCUGCUGGCUUAUUAUAAGCAACUAUAUAUAUGUCUAAUUUGUGUCUACAAGAAAGUUCAAAAACUAAAAGGUUUUAUAAAAUUUAUUUGUUUUUAUCUACCUUCAAAGGCUAAACAUUUUAUCAAAUUAUUAUGUGCUGGAGUAUAUUGUAUUUGUUGGAUAUUUGCUUGGGGGACCAAGUUUACUAUC